GUGACGUCACGAGGCCACGCCUCUUGGGUUACGACAUUGCCGUGAGUCUGCAGUUUCCCCGGCCGUUGUAGAGGCAGGGGAUCGUGUUUCAGCGGACCACAAUAAUGCAAACCGCGUUUCUACCUUAAACUUUACGUUACCAGAAACGUUUUGAACUUCCCUAGGUCUGUGAACGUUGAGAUAAGAGGUUGCCACCAUGUCGGCUGUACCAGUAGAAGAGAUUGCCCGGCUCAUGCUGUCCUCCACCAACAACCUCACCCUUCACACCGGUAACAUCAUCAACUGGAACCACCUCAAGCGCAAGACGUCCCAGAAUGCCGGCGAGGAAGUCCUCGAGUGCCUCUCCGCCACGCUCAACGUCUGGAGCUCCACGGUCGACCCCUCGUGGAUGAACGAGGAAUCCAACAACGCGCUCGUCAUCACCAACCCCAACCAGAUGGAGAGGAUCUCUGAAGACGAACGCAGCAAACUGAAAGUUUCCGUGAAGAUCUUCCUCCUGAAGUGGGACCCUGACCUGGUAGUGGAGGCAGUGGACCAAGUGUGUAGUGAGUUAGACAUAGGAGUUGUGGACUCAGUGUUGUUGGCACUUCCACCACUAGAAGCAGAGAUGGGAGAGGAGCUCACUGUGAACCACAUUCUACCCAUAUGGGAACCCAUGGAAAGGCUGUAUGAUGUUGAGCGUGUUUCUGCUAUCGGGACCUCUGACCUGGAUAAGGAAAUGCUCGAGCAGACACACGGCAUGGCCAGAGUCAAACCUACAAUCAACCAGGUCAAUGUUGUUUCGUGCUGUGUGAUUCCACCAGACCUGACAGCCUUUGCAAAGGAAAACGACAUCCAACUCCUGACACACAGCGACCCCAGGGAUGUCCUCCCCACACCAACAUUCCAGGACAUCCUGCGGGGCAGUAGUCAUGACGACCAUGUUGACGAAUGGCAGCCGUUCUGGGUGCUGCGGUACACAGUCAUGGUCAAGUGUCGGGGCGUCAUCAAGGCCAAGGGGUACAUUGUGAACGGGAGACGCCACGCCACGGACAUGCCUCUUUCUGUCGCGUGAUCCACUCAAAGCCUGUCAUGUAAUUUUUAUCAAACAGGGAGAUGCGCAGAAGUGGUUUCACCUAUAUUAUAGAUCUGAAUGAAAAGAAAAUAUUGUCUCCUGGUAGAAAGCAAUUUUUUUACCAUGGCGUGUGAAAGGGUGGGCAGAGAAUUCUGAUGGAUUUGUUAUAUAUUGUUAACAUAUUGGUAUGAUAGGAAACAGUGAUGGAUAUCAAAAUUGUUUUGAAUUUAUUUUGUGUUCUUCCCUGCUUGUAUUUUAUCUACUAGCAUUAUUAAUGAUAUUGGAAAUGAUACUAUGUUAAUAUAAAACUUCUUAGAUAGAUAGAUACCAAAGAUUUUCAACUAUAAUGUAUCAUUACAUUUUAAGGAGCUAUAACACAGCAACCAAUUGUUGUAAGCUUACUGGCUUGCAUGAUGGUGAUUGUACUAGUACUUGUUGGAUGGUGUACUUCCAUUUUAGGGAACGGUAAUUGGAAAUGACGUAAUGGAAUUAAAGAUUGGAGUCAAGGGGGUAAAGCUGUUUCUGAUACAUGUGACUUUUAUACCUUAUGCAGUAAAAAGUUUUGUAUUUCUUUUAUUCCACUUAAUACAUUGGCAAUUAUUUAUGUAGUCUGUACCAAAAUGUUGAUCAAAUACAAAGAAAUUUUUGGUCUUAUGGUUCUCAAAACAGCCAAGAAUACACAUCUGUGUCAGUUGUUGUAUUCAAUGAUACUGUGUUGUUGCUUUAGGCUACCUUUAAGAAAGCAAGAUUUCAGGAUAUCACAGUUAAGAUACAGCUCAUCAAAUUAUACUUUUUUGUUAGGUCAACUAACUUUUGUGAGAGAUAAUUUACACACAUUCGACAGGAGGGAAACAUACAAGCAUUAAACUUUAUGUCUAUUGGGCCUAUCAUAA